ACUGACGGAAAGGCACCCGCGCUGCCGGAAGUGGGCGCGCGGUUCUCGCCACCCUGACCGUGGCGGGAGGGCUGAGGAGUCGCCAUGGAGCUACCUGACCCGGACGCCGCCGGCGAAGAUGCCAUGGACUCGUUCCUAGAAAAGUUCCAGAGCCAGCCUUACCGUGGCGGCUUCCACGAGGACCAGUGGGAGGAGGAAUUUGAAAAGGUCCCCCUAUUUAUGAAGAAAGCGCCAUCUGAAAUUGAUCCCAAUGAGAAUCCUGACUUGGCUUGCCUUCAGUCCAUUAUUUUUGAUGAAGAGCGAUCUCCAGAAGAACAGGCCAAGACCUAUAAGGAUGAGGGCAAUGAUUACUUUAAAGAAAAAGACUAUAAAAAAGCUGUGAUUUCGUACACUGAAGGAUUAAAGAAGAAAUGCACAGACCCUGAUUUGAAUGCUGUCCUUUAUACCAACCGGGCAGCAGCACGGUACUAUCUAGGCAAUUUUCGUUCUGCUCUCAAUGAUGUGACAGCUGCCAGAAAGCUAAAACCCUGCCACCUCAAAGCAAUAGUAAGAGGUGCCUUAUGCCAUCUGGAACUGAAAAACUUUGCUGAGGCUGUGAACUGGUGUGAUGAAGGGUUGCAGAUCGAUGCCAGAGAGAAGAAGCUUCUGGAAAUGAGGGCUAAAGCAGACAAGCUGAAGAAAAAGUUUGCUGACCUCUGUCAAUCUACGAUUCUGAGGAGAACUGAGCAGAGGGAUAUCAGGAAAGCAAAGUUGAAAGAAAAGAAGGAGCAGAAUCAGAACGAGGCUUUACUCCAGGCCAUCAAGGCUAGGAACAUCAGGCUAGUCUCUGAAGCUGCUGGUCGGGAUGAAGAUUCAGACUCAGAAGGUCUAGGUGAGCUUUUCCUGGAUGGGCUCAGCUCGGAGAACCCCUAUGGAGCCAGGCUGAAGGUAGACGAGCAGGGCAGGUUGAGCUGGCCCGUGCUCUUUCUGUACCCGGAGCAUGCCCAGUCGGACUUCAUUGCUACUUUUCACGAGGACUCCAGGUUUAUUGAUCAUCUAAUGGUGAUGUUUGGUGAAACACCCUCUUGGGACUUAGAGCGGAAAUACUGCCCUGAUAAUUUAGAGACACCCUGUAUCAGCUGUCCCCACGCAGGGACACCCUUCUCACCUGCAUGGGCUCUGACACCUCAUCUUGCACAGCCAUCCUACCAGGUCUACUUUGAGGAUGAAGACGGGACAGAACUCUACCGGGUGCCUCUCAAGAGCACCCUACUGCAGGUGCUGCAGCACCCCCGGUACUUUGUAAAAGCCCUGACACCAGCAUUUUUGGUCUGUGUAGGAUCCUCUGCUUUUUGUAGGAAUUACCUCCAGGGGAGAAAAGUGCACCAGGUGAAGUAACCAAGCCAGGCGGAGCCAGGGCCCCUGGAUCUCCUCCCUCAUUCGCCUCUGCCUGAAAUCCAGCACAUUUGAAUCAGCUGAGCCCUACACUUUAUUUCUGCCACCCUGGGGACAGUGGCGGGGGGAGAGCUGCUGACUUCCCUGAACUACAUUCUCUCUGGUCAAAGUGCCAAGCUCCAGCUGGUCUCCAGUCUAUUCUGUUGAUACACAACUCUGUACCUUGGUCAUGACAUCCUUGGACUCACUGUGAGCUGUGUUACCACCAGCCUCUAUCCCUGAAGGGACCAUCUUAUAGUCACCACAGCAGCUGACCUGAGGAAGUCCUGGCCUGUGGACACAGACUCAGGAUCCAGUUGGCUGGACCUUUAUGAUGUUAGAGGCCUCAGAGAAGCUACCCCUCAAACCACGCGUAUACACAAACCACACAAAUAAUUUUAAGGCAUUCAGGCUGAGGGACUCCAACCUCCAGGUUCUCGUGAGCCGAGAGGCUUGCUCUUUGGGGAUACUGUUCUUGGAGUGAGAUGAGGUCACGAAAGCUGGCUCCUGUUUUUGCACCUGUAAAGACCUACAAACCGGGAUCCUGCAAAACCCCUAGAAAGUUUACCAGUUUUCCUGAUCUGUGUAGUAGGGCAAACUGACAGACUUGGAUGGUGGACUCUUGAGUUCCUCUCCAGUUUUCACAUUUUAGGAUUUUGUGCCUUUUAAACAUCUUUUGGCAGUUGAGUCAUUGUCAUAGGUUGUAUUUGUGUGUGCAGCUGUUCGCUCCCUCUUUCCUAGAGGGUGUAGCCACGGGACUGCUUGCAGUAUCCGCCCCAUCCCACGGGGGAGGCAAAGGGACGGGGGUGGGCUCGUCCAGACGGGAGGCCGGAGAGCAUUGCGUGGUGCGUUCAUGCUUCCCAGCUAGCGGCUGUUCCAUCAGCCUGGGUGCCAGAAUGGUAAGACAUGGAGCAGAGCUGAAGGAGCUGACUGCAGCCGUUGAUUGUAACGUGAAUGAGAAAUAAAUGAGAUUUGGGGGUUGUUACUGUAGCAAAGCUAAGUAAUACAUCAUUAAACUGAAACCAGCUGCUGUCCUUAAGAUGGACUAAUUUGA